UCUCUCUGCUACUCCACGCGGCCUAAAAUGAGUGCAGUGUACUCAAAGGUUAAGCUCUGCAGAGAAAGCAACAGAAUAUUGGCAAAGAUCAAUAUCUCCUGAUCUAGCAUAGCAGCAACGCCUCUGAUCACAACACGAAAACACCGAGAAGAAUGGAGGCAACGGCGGUUAGCGUGGGCAAAGCCGUGCUUGAUGGCGCGCUGUGCUACGCCAAGUCGAAGGCGGCGGAGGAAAUCGUGCUGCAGCUCGGCGUCGAGCGCGAUGUGGACUUCAUCAAGGAUGAGCUGCAGAUGAUGCAGUCAUUCCUGAUGACGGCGGAUGAGGAUCAAAGCCAAAACAAGGUGCUCACCACCUGGGUGAAACAGAUCGGGGUCCUGGCCUACAAGGUGGAGGACAGCCUCAUGGAUUUUGGCCUCCACUCAGAGAAAAAGCCAUUUUUGGGGUGCAUCCCCCGCAAUCCAGGUGAUUGACGCCGCAUCGCCAAGGAGGUGAAGGAGC